GUCUGUGAAGCCCAAGACCAUCGUCCAUUCACGUCCUACAAUGCGCGCCACACGCAUAGACGGUUUUGUCGGCGAUGACCGCGCCUAUGCUGGAUAUCUUUGCGAAGUCGUUAGUGGGCUCCCGCUGCUCGAAUGUAUUCAGCAGCUGGAGCAACUGGUAACGCUGCGACGCCGCCAGCAUCGCGCACCCCAUUCGCCAAACGCCGAGCUCGACGACAGUGUCCAAGCAGCGGACCGAGUCCCCAACCUACGCUCUAUCCAGUCUGUCUUGGGGAAACCUCAUCCGACGCCGCCUCCGGGUCUCAAUAUCGUGAUGUGGGAUCCGACGGAGCAGUCUUUGUCAUCAAGCCGCUCCUCGUCGCCAGUCUGGAUCAAACGGACCGCCACGUUCUUCAACAACCUGCCCAGGUCAGAAGACCAGUGGCGUGAGAAAAGGGAGAACCUUGGCUUAUCUGACGCGCACGGCAUUCUCAGCGCAGUUGGUUGCUUGACGACAGGCCGGUUGGGCAACGACAGUGGUUUCACGGACCAUACCGCAAAGCCAGAUCUGCAGGAUGCUUUGGAGGCCUUUGCGGCAAACGCCGGCUCCUAUAUAGCAUCAACAAGACGCAACCUCCAACUAUCCCGUUUCCUUUCCCUCAUUCUGAUCGCAACGCUCUGUGUGGCAAUACAUGAAGGUCAUCCGGUGCACCUGGUCGACGCCGCCCAGCGAAAAUUCCUGGCGGCGAGCCGGAGGAAUGGGAAAUGCGAGGAGGGCGCUGAGCAGCUCCACAUGGAUCGGUUGUCGGUGCGAUGGCUGCUCCAAGAGAUGCAACGGCAAUUUCGACGCGGACUUCGGCAUCGCGCUUUCGAGCUGUUCCUCCUCGAGGGCGGGGAUAUACACUUCUAUAAGUACUGCCCGAAGGAGACGAAGGAAAACCAGAUCUUCACACAAAAGAUCCCUUGCUGUGACGUCCCGGAUGAGAUACAGGCCUGUCUACCAUUUUGGCCCCCAUUCCUUGUUCAGAUGAAUGUCAGCGGCCGAUGGAGUUACUCGACAACUUGCAAGGCGCUUAGCGUAGAUCUCCUUAAUCAAGAGGAGGAUUUUCAACAUUUCCAGGACACGAUCAACUCAAAGAAGCUCGUCGCCUGCCAGCUCGGAGAUAUGUAUGCAGCACCGAACGCGCAUGUCGACGGAUCUACCUCGACAACAACAUUCCGACCUAUUAACCCAGGGCCGCAUGGCCGCGACGGACCGACAACUUCAUCCCCUCCAACUAAGCGACGAAAAAUGGAUCGAGGUGCGGAUGGACUUUCUCGCGGCGGCGCGGGCCGGGUUUCAGCAGCCCAAGAGGCGCCGUUCCUUGCCUUGCUUGCCGAUGUGGCCGGACAGGAGCGCGCGGAGCGGCUUUUUACGGGGGCUGUCCCAAUCUCUGUAUCCGCGGAACAGACCUCCAGUACCUCCUUCCGUGGGCUUUCGCCACGUGAUGCUGAAAGUGCUGCAUCGACACCCCAGUCCGAUCCGUCACAUGGCAGAGACACUGCAUCCAUGGAACGACGCUUCGUUAGCGGCUGCUUCAAUGCCUCUGGCCUUGUUACCUGUCCGGACGGAUCGUCCUUCCCGAUUAGAAACCUCGGAGAGACACGAGGGGGGAUCAGCACAGAGACCCAGGAGGCACUCAACGGUGUUGCCCUCGCAACCAUGCCCCCUGAAUGCCAGAAUUUGAUGGCGAGUCCAUUAGAUUUGCUCUCAGAUGCAGCUGGGCAAGCUGAGAGGUUGGACCAGGUGGCUGCCCUCCCGGACGACCUAACGGAACCAGCUUCCACAGACGUCGACCUAGGAGACACAGCUAGGACGGAGGGAAGCGGGUUUGUGGCCGAGUCAGUACCGGCAGGGCUUCGCAGGAACUCUCUGGCAAGGAACAUAUCAACGUCGGUCACUUUUCGGAGUGGAUGUCACUCGAUCGCUACUUUGAUUUCAAUGCGGCUGCCCUUCCUCCUCUCUACUAAUAUUCUUUCCAUCACCCUUGGCAUCGUCACCCCGGACUUCUCCAACGGAAAUGACAAUCAGCAGAAACCUGAUCUCGCCGCUCACGAGAAUGAGCGCGCUGUUCUCGGGUAGCAAGAUUGGGCUCAGCCAAUCGAUGGGUUGUCGAGUUGUAGCGUCAUGCUCCUUGGGUUGGUAUUGAACUGCGCAAUUUUGCGAAGAGAAUGGGAUAAACACCGCGACCUGCCCGCUUGUCG